CUGGAGACGCAGCCCCGCAUACAAUGCGGGCGCUGCAGGGAGAUCAUGGGGGUCCCAGCAUGGGGGGUCCCCUUUGGAUAGGGGAUAAGAUGUCUUAGCGCCGGUGUACCCCUUUAAUCCUUUGAGAAGAAGUCCAGAGUGUGGCUGGACCAUGAGUGAGGACUUUUUCAGCAAUGGAGUCCAAACUAUAUCUUUUGUUUUGGCUUCUUCUUCUUGACCAUCAGAGACCUUCUAUGAGCACACCUAUCCUUAGAGCUGGCUGUAGACCUGGCACAUCGGAAGAAUGUAAGGAUGCUAGAUUUGUCCCAGGUCAUACACUCUUAGGAGAAGGCAUUAAUAUUGUCACCAUGGAGUCAACCGGAUCUUUUCUUCUCGACCUACAAGAAGUUGGAGAGAAAUGUACACUGUGCAGGAACCCUCACAACAACAACAACAUGGAGAAACUACCCAAGGCCCUGGUGGACUGGAGACCUGAGACCACAUGUUCCAAAAAUAUACAAAGCUCGGUGUCUCGGUCUAAAGUGUCGGUAGCCGAUGAAGCGACUUCUACAGUGCAAAACGAUUGGAAAAUUGGUCUUAAUGUGAAUGUUUAUGCGGUGGAUGUCAAAACAGCUGUGGGAGGUUCUCAGAGUCAGAUGGCCAAGUUUGCCAAUAGUAAAAGCCUCACCGACAAUUACAGCUUUCUGAGCCACAAGUUGGAAUGCGCCUUCUACAGUUUUCGCCUUGGAUCGAAUGCCUCACUAACUUCUCAUUUUCAAAAGUCUUUAGAAGAACUUCCAGGUUUCUAUAAUAAGGCCGAAUACAGACGUCUGAUUGACAGCUUUGGCACCCACUAUAUCACCCGUGUAAAAGUUGGAGGUCGGACCCAAGAGGUGACUGCAGUGAGAACAUGUCAACUGGCUAUGAGUGGAUUUAAGAUGGACGAGGUCAAGGAUUGUCUUUCAGUUGAAGCCGAGAUUGGAGUAAAUAAAGGAGACAGUUCGGCCAGUAUCGAUUCCAAGGUUGAGCAUUGCAAAAACAAAUUAUCAAAAACAGAUCUUGGAAAAAGUUUUCAUCAAACUUUCAGUGAAAGUGUGUCUAAGGUGAUUGGAGGAAAUGCAACGUUUGAUCUUCUCUCCACCAAUAAAGCCUCUACUGAUGUCUUCAAGAAGUGGAUAGAAAGCCUGAAGACCUUCCCCGGUCUGGUCUCCUAUUCCUUAGAGUCCAUCCAUAACUUGGUGAAAACCAAUGGUUCUAAGAAAGAGAAUCUCAAACUGGCCAUAAGUGAUUACAUCAAGGAGAAGGCUUUAUCACAGAAGUGUUCUUGUCCCGGCCGCCAUGUUACCAACCAAGGGAAAGACUGCUCCUGUACAUGUUCAGCUUCUAAGUACACGAGUUCUGACUGCUGCCCAACACAUCGAGGAGCUGCCAAACUUCAUGUGACCAUCAAAUCUGCCACCGGUCUUUAUGGUGACUACUGGACACAGACAGAUGCCUAUGUGAUAUUUAAAUUUGAUGAUGUUUCAAUGAGAACCCCGACCAUCAUGGACAAAAAUAAACCAACAUGGAAUAAGAAAUAUGAAUUGGGACUUGUAGAGCUCAGGGAAAGUAGAAAGUACACCAUAGAGGUUUGGGAUGAGGAUCCUUCUGAUGCUGAUGAUCUCCUGGGAAAGUGCCAAAAAGUUCUUAUUUCAGGAGAAUACUUUGAAACCUGUUACCUUAACCACGGCAGCCUCUCAUACUCUGUGAAUGCUGCUUGUGUCGACCACCUCCAUGGGCAGGUUUGUCACGAUUAUAGCGCAGUGCCCCCACGUGCUUAGUCAAGGGUCCGAAGUGCCCCUUAGUGUACAAGCUUCUACCCUGGUGGAGCUGUACUCUGCAGUCAUAUGUAUAUCCUUACUUUGUAAUUUUCAUGCUUAUGUUAAGGCAGGUUUAAACUUCUUUGAGCUUCUU